UCCAUGGUCUGAAGGAGGCUGAGUUUAGGGAAAGUAUCGACGUUCCCGCUUGUCAAUCACAAGGAACCGAGGGGAGCGAAACUGGGAGGAAGGCCGGCGAAACAAGUAUUUUUUGAGCAACUCUAAUGUACAGCUUGUGCAUCGAUAAUGGGAGUCAAGGUUGGAGAGAAUUGCCAUCCUGUUUCGGGAGGAAAGAUUGAUUCGACUUACAAAUAAAUCAGAUAAAACCUUCUAAGUGCACGUCGAACUUGGCGAGUGUCAAUCGCAGCUGAAUGUAGCUGUGGUUCCUGUCUUGAAAACGAAAACGGGGGUUGUUCCUCCAGGGUAAGUGUUUACAUACCAGUGUAAACACUUUUGUCGGAAUAUUUCAGGACAGUAUAGCUGUUAGGUGUUCAACUUUUGGCACAUUUUCCUACUCGACUAGGGGACUCGAGGGGAGUUUGUGCCCUCAAGUGUCGCUGUUGGGAACCACUCAUACAGAGUGGACCGCCGUGUGAGAGAGAGGAGUGACGGUUCGCGUCUGAAACUUGCACCACAAACCUCUCCACGGCGCAAAACGAGGGAGAAGAUGAGUGGGGGAGAUGUGGUGCAUUCGGGGUGGUUGAGAAAGUCUCCACCAGAGAAAAAGUUGAGACGUUAUGCAUGGAAAAAGCGGUGGUUUGUGCUUCGGAGCGGGCGACUGACCGGGGACCCAGACGUUCUGGAAUACUACAAGAAUGACCACGCCAAGAAGCCCAUUCGCGUGAUCGACCUAAACCUGUGUGAGCAGGUGGACGCGGGGCUCACAUUCAACAAGAAGGACCUGGAGCACAGCUUCAUCUUCGACAUCAAGACCAUCGACAGGGUCUUCUACCUGGUGGCCGACACCGAGGAGGAGAUGAACAAGUGGGUGCGCUGCAUCUGCGACAUCUGCGGAUUCAACCCCACAGACAGCGAUGACCCGUCGAAGGUGGCGCAGCAGUCGGGGAGCGCAGGGGUGGAUGUGGGCCUGGGCUCGUCGCUGGGGCCUCUUGGCCACUCGGUCCUGACCAGCGUGCCCCCGCCUUACCAGCCCGUUAGCGUGAGCCACCUGGAGUCCUCGUCCAGCCUAGACGAGCCACAGGACUACCUCUGGCUGGUCAACUGUGAGAGCAAGAAGCCGGACACCAGCAGCUCAGUGACCCCCAGCCCUUCCCCCGGGCCUCCCCUGCCCCCUCCCCCCUCUCCACCUGAGGGGGAUCAGGAGUACCUGCUCCUAGAGGAGUGUGAGAGCAGGAGCUCGCCCCUCACCAGUCAGUCUCAUGGCGACUGCUCUAAGUCCACGUCCUCAGAGCCCGACUGCAACGACAACCUGCCACUGCACCGCACGCCCCCGACCGCCUGCUCGUCGGCCAAGCACACGUCCGUCAACGGCUUCUUCCCUUCGCACUCGCACCCCUCAUCGGCCUCGUCGGCCGCCGCCCUGUACGACUCGCCGCCCUCGCGCCACGGCCCCUCGCUGCCCCCGCCCACCGACCCCAGCAGCCUCUACCAGCUGCCGCGCAGCCGUUCGCAGGACACGGUCAUGUCGGUGCCGGCCGGCCGCUCGGCCUCGGAGAGCGAGUCGUCCGAGCUGUACGUCUUCAACACGCCGGGCCGCAAACCCUCGCUAGAGGCGCAGCUGCGCAACAUGACGUGCUACGACAUCCCGCCCACCCCCGGCAGCGGCUGCUCGUCCUACCUGCCCUGGAGCAUGAGCAGCGGCGGCGGCAGUGAGCGGGGGGGAGGUGGAGGGAUGGAGCCUCUCGGAGGAGGAGAAGUCGUGCCCCCGCCCCGCCCGCCCAAGCCCUCGCUCUCGUCGUCCAUGGCCACGAUGCCGGCCGGGGGGCCACCGGAGAGGUCGCCCACGGACACCUACGCCGUGCCACGCUCCAUCUCGGAAACAGACGGGAACUACUGCGUGCCGACCAGUGCGGGGAACAAAGCGCUGCGCAGCAACACCAUCGGCCCUAUGGACACUUCGCGCCUCCGCAAAGAUUUUGGAUCCCAGGACUGCUAUGACAUCCCAAGACCCUUUGCGUCAGACAAAUGUGGCGCAUUUGAAUUCAACGAAAGUCUAAGCAAUUAUUUUAAAAACAAGGGUAUGAUGCCUGUGAGCAGCGCUUCCACGGAGGAAGUGGACGAAAAUUACGUGCCCAUGAGCGCCAACUCGCCCUCCCACCGGCGCUCGGGCAGCCUCUCCGAGCCCAUCCAUGAGCCCAACUACGUACCCAUGACCCCGGGCACGGUGGAGUUCUCCUCCCUGGGCAAACAGGUGCCCCCGCCGGCCCACAUGGGAUUCCGCUCCAGCCCCAAGACGCCCCCACGGAGACCCAUGCCAUUGAACGAGUGCCAGCCGCCUCCCGUGGACCGCCAGCCGCCCCCCGUGGACCGCAACCUUAAGCCAGAUCGCAAAGGUCAAAGCCCUAAGGUAUUAAGAGCUAAGCCAGUCGGUCUUGAGCGAACCGACUCACAAACCAUAGGUGAAUUCCCAAGACGACGCAAGGCCAGACCGGCCCCUUUGGAGAUUAAGCCCCUGUCGGAGUUGGAGGAGUUCACGGCGCCCGUCCGCUCACCGGACACCAGGACGUUCGCCAGGGAUCUCUCCAGGUUUCCCAUGCCUCCAAGACCCUCGUCGGUGCAAAGCACUGCCUCCAGCACCGAUUCCGAGGAGUGUGAGGAGAAUUAUGUAGCCAUGCAAACAUCUAGUAUGUCUUCAGACGAACCAAACCUUAAGCUGAGUGCUCAGAUGAACGCAGAUGGAGGCAGUAGUCCCAUGGUGCCGCUUAAAGGAGAUAAACAGGUGGAGUACCUGGACUUAGAUCUGGACCCUGGCAAAUCCACACCCCCACGGAAGAAAAAGAGCAACGGGACGGGAGCGGCUGUGUCAGACGAGCGUGUGGACUAUGUGGUGGUGGACCAGCAGCGAACGCUAGCUCUCAAGAGCACUAGAGAGGCAUGGACUGAUGGCAGACAGUCCACUGAGACCGACACCCCGAUCAAAGGAUCUAAAUAAACACUAGCCACCUCCACCAAACUAGCCCCAGCUCCCACUCUUUCCCCCACUCUCCUUUCUCCUGACGGAGUCGCCUUUCUGGGCCUAAGCGCUAAGGAGACUGUGCCAUGGAUGGAUUUGGACACAAAGAGAUGGUGAAGGAGAGCAUAUCAGUGGCCUAGAUACUAGACUGCGUCCCUCCCUUGAGGCCUGUAGUUUACAUUGCCACCUGGCUGGAGGCCAAGCACAACCUCUCAAGGAUUUGCGAGGAUGUCUGCUUUGCGUUGCUCCCCAGGGUCUUCUUGAGGAUCUGGGAUUCUCUGUUUUGUAGGGUGAAGAUGACCUGUGAAGGCUCACAGGAUAUGAAGCCCUUUAGGACACUUAGACUGGAACCCCCCAUGCAGCGAAAGAUGUUUUCUCUAAGGAUUUCAUUUUUUUUUUUUUUAUCAUCUAGCCAAAUCUGACGUGAACACUGUCCAUAAAUAUGUUGGCUUAAAAAAGGCAGAACAUACAUUUUGCUGUCAAUUUGUACUGAUCUAGCCACAUUCUGAAUACUUAACUAUGUUAAAGUGUUCUUUAGGAGUACUGCCUUAAUUAUAUCAGUAAAAAAAUCUUUAGUUUUCUGAUAGGUGCAUUCCAUGAAAUAUCCUGAUUCUUAGAAGCUAUUCUGUACCAAACAGUGAUGCAGAUCAUUUUUGGAUCAUUUUUUUUUCUCUCUUUUUGGAGUUCUUGAGUGCUCCUCCAUGUGAUGUUUUAAACUUAAAACCGUGAAUGAGACUGCGUAAUUUCUCUCGGCCCUUUGAACGGGGCACACAGAGAAAAAAACUCAAGUGGACAGCAGCACCUGGUCAGAGUUUUACUCGACUCGAGUUGAGGUGGCUAAGCAAGAAGCAUCAUUAACGUUGUUCAACCAAAACAUCUGCAAAUCUGAAGGAAUUCCUUUCACUGAAUCGCACAGCUCAGAGUGCUUCUUACUCCUGGCAGAGGAAAUGCAGAUGGACUGUAUGAUGUGCAUUUGUUAUGGUGUGUAUAUUUUUUUCAAAGUGUCCUUUGACUUGUGUUUAUAUCCAGGAUGUAAAAGCUUUCAUGUAGAUUCAGGAUAGAAAUCUGCACCUUCUGAGAUGGCUAUCAAGAACUACACUAUGAUGGAUGACAUGAGAUAUUGGAAUCAAUAACUGUGACUGCUACUAUUGGAAGCUGAUGCUUCCUGAUAGCUAUGGAAGGUAUCAUACUAAAGAAUAAGAUAAAGAAGUCAGGUACUCAUUUAAUUACUUAACACAGCUAUCCAUUUCUAAUUUAUUUUUGUGUCGUUUCAUCACUAGAUUGAUUGAUCUUUGCCUCAUGAUGCGUUUUGCUUAAAAGUGUUUUUCUUAGUUUAUUUGCCAAAUUUAGAUGAUUCUUAAGUAUAGACGCUUGUUUUAAAAUGCCUUUCCCAAGAUACCUCCACCCCCUGCCAACUUUGAUUUUGUUUCACUCCAGUUCUCCUCAAACUGGCUUUUUGAUUUAUUUUCUCACUUGUUUAAUAACUUAUUUCAAAUGGAUUUCCCACCACUGUCAAAUACUUAUUGCCUUAUCAGGUGUAUUUGUAUGUUGUAAAUAAGACUGAUCAUGGCAUUUCAGCUCAUACUAUUUCUAAUGAAUAGUUGGUUUUUACUAACUUUCUUCUCCUUUGAAGCCCAAUCGAGGGUGCUACAGGUGCGUUUCUACGCUGUUGAGGGCACCCAUGCUGUAAAUAUUUGCGCUCAAAUUUUCAAGCAUGCUCCCACUGAAUAAAAUCUAAAACACUGAUGCUUAUACUGUUGUUUCUGUACUUAAAUCUUCUCUCCCCUCAAGUGGAAUGGUGUCAAAGAACCUGGAGGAUCUUAAAGCUUUGUAUCUUUUUUAAUGAAUCAAACAGAAAAGUACAUUUGAAAAUGAACUAAAUAAAACCUACCUUUAUGCAA